AUGACUCCCACCUUGCUGGAAUUGACCGAGAUCGCCGACCUCCACUCACACGGAGAUUACUAUUCAGCAGCGAGCCUCCCAUCUUUCAUGCUUGAGUUUGAUUAUAGCAAGUCAAAUAAGUUUUCUAGAAAUUUGGUGAAGACAUAUCUUGGCUAUAGUGGGCAGUCCUCUGGAGCCCCGAUGUCUUCCAAUAAUGGAGUAUCCUUUAUAGAGCAUGUGGUGUUCCUCUUGAUGUGGAUAUGCAAAUUCCUGGCAUGUUCGAGAUCCAGCACAAUCACUCAAGAACUUGGUGGAAGUUCUUGCAAAUGGUCAUCAGAAUUUGUAGCCAUUGUCGCCGAGAAGAGGAGCUCUGCCAACCCUGUCGACUGUAGCUCUAAUAGAGGCGAGAAGAGGUCACAGUCUUCCACACCCAAGUCUAACUUCGAUUUUUCAGAAGGUGCUUCCACACAAGGUGGUGAUCGUCCACCUAAGUUCCUCUGGGCUAGAAAGGUUCUGCAGAACCUCCUACCCCCAGAUCCUCAUAUCCGCCUUGUGAACCAUAGUUCUAAAGCAAUCUCAGAGAAUCUGACUCUCGAAGUAACUCCACUUCACCUUAUUACUUCUCAAAAUACCCAAGUUUCAAAGGACUUAUAUUUUUCUUUUCAAGUGGUUACGAUGGAUCCUCAUAUUGUUCCGGUUGACAAGGCAACCGUUAUUAGCAACAUGCCUGGGUGA